AUGCGUUCGCGGUAUAAGGAGCUCUAUAAUCCUGUGUGGCCAGCCAGCUCAAUAGGCGCCAACACCCUUAUUCUCAAUCUCCUUGCCGACCGGGCUGGAACCCUAUUGAUAGUGCAAACCUUCACGAAAAAUAAAGUCACAAGUGGAACUCCAGAGUUUCUUCCACCGACAGUUGGAGCCCUUCCAUCCGUUGUGCCAACCUAUCGACAACCCGUGACAUUGACUCAGAUAGACGUCCAGGCGCUUCUCGUCGAGUCAGAGCAGUCAGAUAUUCACCGUAUAUUUCAGCCAGUACAAAGCAGUGCAGUGUCCUUGACACACAGUCAGAGUGAUCAAGAAGACUCUAGCAGGUCUUCAUCACCAAAUCCCCCUUCAUCUCCUCGACGCACACGACGGCCUUCACCCCUUCAUUUCUCCAAGAGAGAAAGGCCAUCCAUCACCCCUAUCUCAUCAUACGUUCGCCGCAAAACACCUCAAAACUCGCCCAUCGUCCUCACUUUCGCUCAACGGGAAUACGUCGAAAGACCAGAAAUCAUCACUCCACCAUCAUUGAUGCCAAUGUCGUUGCCCACCAUUCCCCCCAUCCCUCGCUAG